AUGUACACGUAUAUAAAAUUUUAUUUGCAAAUUAUUUUUCGUUUGCAAAAACGCGUUUUCGUAAAAAGCGAAGCGAUGGGAGCCUAGAACUCCGAAGCAACUGUCACUUCAAGUAUAGUCUCCAUUUGUGUUUUGGUGUGUGGUUUUGGACUGUAAGUUGGUCUAGGAUGGAGACUCAGCUAUCAGGUUAAGAAAUGAGGGUGUCUUUAGAGAUUUAUUAGGGGGAAACUGAUGUUUCACCCUUUAGACAAUCGAUUGUGCAUUCCCAAUUGUAAUAGCUGCGCUGCUGUCAAGUUAGCUUGAGAUAACUGCUCAAGAUUAGCUUAGAAUUAUAUAAAUUCAUCCAGAAAGUAGCUGUAAUCCUGACAAUAGAAUGCACAGCAAGCAUUUAGAAUUACUAGUAAACUUAUGUUAUGUCCUUGUUAGAUCAGGAAAUGCAUUUUCAUAUACUUCCUUUGAUACACUAAUUAGCAUCCUUUUUCAAGAUUCACUUAUCAUUACAGGCAACUGAUGUCCGUAUUUCAUAUCAGGUACUGAAGAUCAGAUCCUCAAACUUGCUAGGAACUUAAUGAAAGCAUAAUUGAGAUUAUUCUUAUUGGCUCAACCCAAGUCAACAUACAGCUUGUGCACAUAUGGCUACUCGUAUCUCUGGAACUGUAGCAGCUAGUGGGGUAUGCUAUAAUGAUCAAUAUAGAAUGCCAUGUAAGCUGAAAGGAAUUCAUUGCAUGGCAUUGAACUGUAUACCACAAAAGGUGAAGUUAAGGAAGUUCAUGGACGGAUAUCAGUCUGCCUUCAGACAUUGUGUAAACGAGAAAAAUGGACAAACCACUGGGCUGUCCAAUGGUUCCCUGAUCCACCAAGGCCAGAAUAUCCGGUGUCAUUCUUAUGGUUCUCAUAACAGCAGUGAAACUAAAGAGUGCAGUCUUGAAGACGGCAUUGAUCCAUACAGGAAAUUUGAAGAACCUUCAAGAGGAACUUCUCAAUUUUCAGAUAAUCAAGUUGCAUCAAAGAAAAAAUCAGUCAAAUCUAGUCAAGGGUUGGCUGAAGCUUGCAAAUUUGUUUACAAUGAUGCAAAAUUUGUGAAUGAAAGGGCUCAAAAUGAUAUUCUCUUGCUUUCACGUGGCAUCACAAGGCUGAACAAACGUGCGUGCCAGGAUGUUGCUGUUCUAGGAUCAGGAUUUCUCAAGCUUGAUGCUCGUGCAAGGAAAGACACUCAAAAGAUUGACCACAGUGUGAAGGAAAGGGCGGCGCGGCUUACCCACUUUGCGAGAAUAUUAAAGGAACAGGCUCAGUCAGACUUGAAGAAAGCAGCAGAUCAGCAUUGGAGUGAUGGUGCUUUAGAAGCAGAUCUACGACGAGCUGACUUGGUUGUUAGACGACGUGCCAUGGAAGAUGCUUUCAUGGCUUUAAAGUUUGUUCGGGAUAUCCAUGACAUGAUGGCAAACAGAUUACAAGAACAGUUUGCAAAGGAUGGUUCAUCUUAUCCUGCAAAUUCAACAAGUUUCAUCACCCUUGAGAAAAACGGGAAUACGUUCGAGCUAUUUCCUCGUGAAGUUUCAACGGACCAGAUUACUGCCAUAGAGGAAGCAUACAGGAGUAUGGCAUCUGCCUUGUCUGAGGCUGACGGUAUUGACUACACUGAUCCUGAGGAGCUUGAAUUGUUAGUAGCAACUUUGAUUGACCUGGAUGCCAUGGAUGGGAAAAAGAGUGUUUCCUUGCUUGCUGAAUGUUCCAGCUCUCCAGAUGUUAAUACCAGGAAAGCUUUAGCUAAUGCAUUGGCUGCAGCUCCAUCCAUGUGGAUUCUUGGGAAUGCUGGGAUGGGGGCAUUACAGAGAUUGGCUCAAGAUUCCAAUUAUGCUGUAGCCAGGGCUGCAGCAAGGGCCAUCGAUGAACUCACGAAGCAGUGGGAGCUUGAAGAAGGUGACAGCCUGAGGUUUGUACUGAAUCAAUAUCUGGCUUCUGAGGAGACAGCUGAUGACAGUCCAGCAGCAGAUGAUGCCAGGUGAUCGAGUGUAAAAAAUGAUGGGAAAAAAAAAACUCAACUAGGAUUAAUGGAAACUUAUACAAACGUCACAGGCGACGCAUACGACCCUUUUAUGAUGGUAUGCCUUGAAGAUCUAUCCCAGUCAAGUUUGCAGAGCA